AUGCCCCAUAUCCUGAAGCAAUUUCCCACUCGGCUCCCUUCAGAGGUCAACCUUUUAUCAAAUUUUACGCGGUCCCUUCUACGCCAAACAACCACUUCUCCAAAGCGACAAUUCAACACUUUCUCGCUCAGAAUGGAACAUGGAAGCCCGAUUGAAGAAGAGACCCUUCCCUUCUAUAAACAAGAACAGUUCUACCCCAUCAAGAUUGGCAAAAUUCUUGACUCAAGAUAUCGCGUUGUAGGAAAGCUUGGCUAUGGACCAUAUUCCACCGUGUGGUUAUGUCGUGAGAUCAAGUAUGAUGUCCAAUACUGCUUUAUGAAUGAAACUCACACUUUAAACCACCGCUACGUUGCUGUCAAGGUCCUUACCAGAAUCUCUCGAUCUGAUCAUGCCAUGAAUGGCGAAAUGGAAAUCUACAGUCAUCUCAGCAAAGUUCACUGCUCGCAUAUCGGAGGUGCAUAUAUCCGUGGGCUGCACGAUGCAUUUGAGAUACACGUCCCUGAAUGGGUUCACCAGUGCUUUGUUCAUCCACCAAUGCAAAUCUCGAUACACGAGCUGCUUGUCCAAGCCAAGUCUCACAAAUUGAGCAAAGAUCUCUUGAAACAAACAUUGAUUUGUCUGUUUCAGGCUAUGGAUUUUUUGCAUAGUAUUGCUGGAGUUGUUCAUUCAGGUACCACUCUUUCGCUUAAGACUCGAGGUUACGCAUAA